GUGCACCAACAAAAGGAAGUGCGAAAACUAGUCCGAUAUUAACACCAACAACUGCCAGUACAAUUUUUAACGCUUCAGUUAGUGGCAACACAAACAGCAUCAGUAGUGGGAGUACAACUGGAAUAAGUGGAAGCAUUAGUACAGCGUUAGAUACUUUUACAGAUAGGCAAUAUCUCGUAAUAACAAGUGUUAAACAAACAAAAGUUUUUGAUGUUAUGAACCAAUGCUGCAUUUAUCGAAUUCAAUUACAAGAAAUGGGUAUAGCUGUUAAAGCAGAAACUAUUGCAAUGAAGGAUGGAACUUGCUUAGCAACAUAUCUUUCUAAUGGUCAUUUAAUGGUUCAUAGUCUUCCUAGUUUGAAGCUUUUGCUGGAUAUAGAUUUUUUAUCUUUAACAGAACUAAGUUUUCAUACAAAAAAGAAACAAGGAAUUGUCGAUCCAAUGCUUGCAAUUUGGGGUCAACAGGUUUUCGUUGAAGAUGAUGCAACUGAAAUAUCCAAAGUUUUUUGUUUGAGUCACAAAGGUCAUGGAUUGUAUAUGGCAUCUCCCACCGAAAUCCAGAAAUUUACAAUAUCAUCGGAGUUUUGGUAAAAAUAUUAAAAUAUAUUUU